UCCCAUCACAAAAAAUCAUUCUGAUCCAUGAACCGAAAAACAGUAAAAAACACUCAACUCCUGCCACUGACACUGUGAGAGAGUGGCAAAGAUGGCAGUGGAGAUGGCCAUCAGGGCUUCAGCUACCCCAAGACCUUCCCUGCCUCCUUCUCCUUCUCCUUCUGUAUCAGCCACAACCAAAUGUUCUCUCAAACCCAAAUUCAGACCCACCUCUGUAUCACUGCCAACAUCAACCAUCUCUCUCUUGGCCCUCUUCACCUCUCCCUUUGAAGCCCAUGCUUUUAGCCUCUCCAAAGAUCAGAUAGUCUCUUCCCUUACUGAAGUGGAGCAGACAAUUGACCAGGUUCAGCAAGCGGGUUCGACUGUUUUUGAAGGAACAGAGCGGGUUCUUGAAGCUAUUUUAAAUGCAGUAAAGCCCGGCAUUGAUGUGGCAUUGCCGAUUGCGAAACAGGCUGGAGAGCAGGCGCUGAAGAUAGCCUCUCCUACAAUUUCCGAGGUUUCAAAGAAAGCCCAAGAAGCAAUACAAAGCUCAGGCUUUGAUACGCAGCCUGUUCUGGGUGCUGCAAAGACGGUAGCGGAUGCAGCAGGGCAGACCACUAAAGUAAUUGAAGAGGCAAAGCCCAUUGCUUCAUCAACUAUUCAGACCAUCUCAUCAGCAGAUCCUAUUGUGAUUGCCGGAACUGCUGGAGCAUUAUUCCUCACAUACCUUCUUCUUCCUCCCAUCUGGUCUGCUCUCUCUUUUAGUCUCCGAGGUUACAAAGGUUCGCUUACCCCUGCUCAAACCCUUGAUCUCAUAUCUACAAAGAAUUACCUUCUGAUCGAUAUUCGACCAGAGAAGGACAAGGACAAGGCAGGCAUUCCCCGCCUACCAUCUAGCGCCAAAAGCAAAAUGAUUGCUAUUCCUUUAGAAGAACUACCAAGCAAAUUGCGAGGUCUUGUCAGAAAUGCGAAGAAAGUAGAGGCUGAGAUAGCAGCUUUGAAGAUUUCUUUUCUCAAGAAAGUUAACAAGGGCUCCAACAUUGUGAUCUUGGACUCGUACUCGGAUUCAGGCAAAAUAGUCGCAAGAGCACUAACUAGUCUAGGCUUUAAGAAGUGCUGGACUGUAGCAGAUGGGUUCUCUGGAAGCAAGGGAUGGUUACAAAGUCGUUUAGGGGCGGAUUCGUACAAUUUAUCUUUUGCUGAGGUGCUUUCACCAUCAAGAGUCAUCCCAGCAGCGGUUAGACGUUUUGGUACUAGUAGCAGCACAGCAGCUCAGUCUGGUCGAAAGCUUCUUCCUGGCUCCGACUAAUAAACUAGUUUAUAAAUUUGUUUUCUUUUUUGAACAUAUUUUUGCUUGGAAAAUGCUCCGUCUCUUAAUGUGCAUACUUGAUUUUAGAGGAGGGUCCCCUUGAAUUGAAUCAUUUCUCGUGUGAUUCUUUGAUCGA